AUGCAACUCACCUCACUCCUCCCAAUCGCCCUAGCAGGCCUAGCCACUGCACUCCCUGCUGCCCUACAGGCCCAAACAAUCACCGAAGACAUCAUCUGGGGCGUCUCCAACUUCACUGUCGGCUGUUCCCAAGGUGGCUGCGUCUUCAGAUAUGAUAUCGCUGGCAGUCCGAACUCAAUGACUCCCAAGUUCCGCACGCACUGCAGCGGCCUUGCAGAGAAGGAAGUCCUCUGCGAUGACAAUAAUAUCAAGACCACUGUUGCUCCUGCCGGUUGGUCUGAAGAUGGGAAUCAGAAGUGGAAUGUCGGUGUCACCCACACCUGGAAUACCGUGCUCAGCGACAAGUCCCUCGCGACUUGGUUCCAGUACGGCGCGCAGAAUGUUACUGUACCUUACCGCCAGCCGGUCAAGUUUGUGAUUAAGCCUACUCAGGAGUACGGCAUUGCUUAA